AUGUCAGCCAGCUUUUCACCUGCUGAGCUGAACUAUGACACACAUGACAAAAAGCUACGUGCCAUUGUUUGUGCAUUUGAGCACCAGAGAAUCUUCCUGGAAGGAGCUGAGCAGCCAAUCACUGUGUUUACUGACCACAAGAAUCCGGAGUACUGGAAAUCAGCUAGAACCUUCAACAGGCGUCAUGCAUGCUGGAAUCUCAUGCUGGCGUCCUACAACUUUUCACAGAAACCUGAUACCCUGUCAAGACAACCAGAUCACAUGGACUUAGAACCAUCUCCACAAGUUAUGAUUCCAGAAUCUCAUUUUGAGGCAUUCUCAGCACACAUGGACUCAUCCUUGCUGGAUCAAAUCAAGGAAGCUACUCAGGAAGACAUUAGUCUUGACACAAUCUUGCUAGCUGUAUCAGACCGUAAAUUCUUGCCCCACAGUGUUGCACAGAAGUUCAAGGACUAUACAAUUCAGGAGGGUCCACUUUUGUAUCAAGGAAGAAUAGUUGUGCCAGAUGAACCUGAGAUCAAAGAGCAGCUCUUAUCUCACUUCCAUGAUUCCCCUGCUUCUGGUCACCAAGGAAGAGCACAAACUCUAGAGUUGAUCAGUAGUCAUUAUUGCUGGCCAGCAAUGAAAUUCCAAGUCAAUUGCUAUGUGGAGUCUUGUGAAAUCUGCCAAAGAAGCAAGGGACAUGUACACAACUAUGCUUUCAACCUGCUUUCUGUCCUUGCAGGUCCCUGGGAAGACAUCUCAUAUGAUUUCAUUGUCAAGUUUCCCAUGUGUAAGGGGUAUGACAGCAUUCUGGUGGUUGUACACAGCUUCUCAAAGAUGAUGCACCUGAUUCCCUGCAAGGAAACUGCCACUGCUGAGGGUGUAGCUCAGAUGCUCCUGGAGCAUGUCUGGAAGCUACAUGGAACUCCCAAGCGCACUGUGUCUGACAGAGGGACUACAUUCAACUCCAAGUUUCUCAAGUAUGGCAUUCUCCCUCUCAUAGGAAGAUUGGGCUCUCACACUUAUUGCCUGGCUCUCCCUGAGACCAUGAAGGUCCAUGAUGUGUUCCAUGUCAGCUUGUUGUCUGCUUUCAAACAAGACACGGAGUUUGAUUGCUCAUUCACUCCUCCUCUGUCUGUGAUCACAGCAGAAGGAGAAAAAGAGUAUGAAGUAGACAAAUUCGUAGAUUGGGCAGCAGAAGACAGAAUCUGGAAGUACAUGGUCAGAUGGAAGGGAUAUGCGCCCCAUGAGGACACAUGGGAACCAGCCAAGGAUCUGCAACAUUGCAAGGACAAAUUGCGCGACUUCUUUGCUAAUUAUCCAUUUGGCCUGGCUGCCAACAAACCCAUUCCUACAAAUGUGUGCACAGCUCAAAGAAGAAAGGUACUCAAACAACCCAACAAGUCCAAAACUGCCUUCUUUGUUACUUUACAAGCUCUUACCACCAAAACUUGCCCUGCCAAGCUCUUCUUGUGCUCCCUAUUAUCUCAGCAUGCCCCUCUUCAUGUCACAACCAAGAAAGAGAUGACCGCUGUGAGAUAUUGA